CAACAACACCUGAACCAACAACAACACCUGAACCAACAACAACACCAACUAAUGCUCCUACGACCUCUGAUAGAAUCCCAGCUGGUCCACCUGUUAAAAUGCGAGUUGAAGAGUGCAACGAACGCGAUAUUUUCUUCCUUAUUGAUGGCGGCGCUAGUGUAGGGCCGGAAAAUUUCAAAAGACAAGUGGAAUUCUUAGCAAGGUUCGUGAGAAAAGUUGAUCUGGAUUCUAGGAAGAUACGUCUUGGAGUAAUAGAAGUUAGCAACAAGGAGAGAACAAAAGUAAUAUUUAGUUUUGAGUCCUCGCAAAAUCCGCUUGAUAUUGAAUAUUUACUCAAGGAUAUGCCGUUUUACAACAAACCAGAUAGAUACGUUGGAGAAGCACUGAAGAAAGUCUAUACUUCGGUAUUUACGGGCUCUGACGGAGACCGUCCGGAGGUUGGCGACACCCUGGUGAUCCUUAUGAACGGCCGAAUGAAAGACGCAGCAGUCGCCAGCGAAUAUUCGGAAAAACUGAAAGUUCGUGGAGUGCGGAUAAUCGCUGCCGCGGUGGGAACCGAAACGGAAUUAUUUGAAGAUCAGAUCGAGCUGAUGGCUUCGAGCUUGCAAGACAUGCUUAGGUCGAAUUUUGAUUAUCUUGACCAAGUCGGUAAUCACAUUUUGAACAAAAUUUGUACAUUGGUGCCAGUGACUCGAGAGCCAGAAAUCCAAGCUCCUAAUAGGAUCAUAACUCUUCCGACUUCAACACGUCCAACGACCGUCGAGACAACGAUACCAACCACCCGUCCUACAAAGCGACCCCCGCCAGAAGCGUGUACCACCACACAACCGAGGGACAUCCUCUACAUGGUCGACACCACGGCGAACGUGACUGAGUCUGAAUUAGAAAAGGCCAAACAGUUCAUCAGCUACUCCAUUGCACGUUUCAAUCAGAUUGAUGAAUCAUUCAUGAUGGGUGUGAUGCAGUUCAGCGACAAAAACACGGCCAGAAUGGUUAGAGAUAUCACAAAGUACAAAAGUAGAAAUGACCUCGAGAAUGAUUUGGAUAAAAUGGAACUACAAGGUCAUUCAAAAAGAUUCACAGGGGAAGCGCUUGUAGAAGUUGGAAAAACGUUCUACGAGUUCAACACAAAACAUGACCGGCACGAAGUUCAAGGUAUCAUCAUUUUGCUGACAAACGGCUUUGCUAGCGACCAAGCGAAGGUCGUGUCUGAGAUUGACUUGCUCAAGGCAAGAUACAUCAAAAUCAUCGUCAUCUCCUUCGGCGAUUUGCGAUACUUAGUGGAUCAAAAGUGGAACGAGAUUGUGAAUGUUACAUAUUUGUUUACAUCAACACUGUCGCCUCCAUCCCAUUUUCGCGAGCUGUUUGAUUUCAUUUGGGAGCCCAUAUGUUCUGAGUUUUACUACAGGAAGAAUUACCCACCAGCUUCUUUUCAAUGCGAUGGUCGCCCACAUGAUAUCUACUUUGUAAUUGACGGAUCAGCCAGCAUCAAGCACACGAACUUCAGAAAUGUGCGAAAACUUCUACAAGAUCUUGUCAUUCUGCUGACCAGGCAGAAUGAUAACCUGCAUAUUGGAAUGAUGCAAUACAGCGAGGCGAAAAGAACUGAAAAAAAUUUAAGGCUCGACAAACACUCCACGGAGGAGAUCAUUGACGUCAUACAAUCUAUGACGUAUCACGCUGGACGCCAAACGAGGACUGGGGACGCGCUGAGUAGGGUCAGCACAGAGGUCUUCAACAAAUAUGGCAACGACCGACCUUUGGUCGAUGACAUUUUGAUUCUGUUCACAGACGGUAAUGCGCAUGACCUAAAGCUUGCUCACCAGAUGGCUGACGCAAUGAAGUCACGUGAUAUUAAAAUUGUUGGCGUUGCCGCGGGAAAAGAGGAGGAGGUGAAGAAAUUUAGGGGCGAACUCGAGAAAAUUGUUACCAACAAAGACGACAUCAUUAGUGUCGAUUUUCCAGAUUUGGCCAGCUUUGCUACGAAGUUAUUGCGACUAACCUGUGAUUAGCGUUUAUAGACAGGUUUCAAUUUUUACGCUUGUAAUAUAAGAGGGGGGUUACAGUAGUACAUUUUUACCUAAGCGGUAUUCUUCCAAAUGGCCGUAGUGAUGUUAACGGCUCUUUGAAUUUGGCGCAAGAAGCUGUAUCCUAAUUUAUGGUUAUGAUGUCAAAUAUUUUGACAUGCAUCAUCACGCUGUUUUAGGCCCCUUACAGACGAGUACGUUUUCUAUGACAAGUUUUUAUGUGACAAGUUUUAAUUGUUCGUCUGUACACCCAACUUUGCCGGACAAUUUUUUCUAUGACAAGUACACUUGUUCAAAAAUCGAGUAUACUUGAAUCAAGUAAACCACGCUGUUUUACUGAUGGUCUAAUUCUGGUCCUAUAUAUGUAAAAUUUCAGGCAUGUUUUGU